GCAGCCGGAAUUCUCCGCUUUGGCCCUUCGCUGUCGCUUUCGGCCCUUCUCAGUCCGUCCCUCGCUGCUCCGUUCGUUUAAAGGAUGAACUUGGAACGCGUCCCUAACGAGGAGAAGCUGCAGCUCUGCAGGAAAUAUUACCUGGGGGGAUUCGCGCUGCUCCCGUUCCUUUGGCUGGUGAACGUCAUGUGGUUCUUUAAGGAGGCGUUCGUGAAGCCGGCGUACACAGAACAGCCUCAGAUCCAAAGCUAUGUGAAACGCUCCGGCCUCGGGCUGCUGGUUUGGGUGGUCAUUCUCACGACGUGGAUCAGCAUUUAUCAAACCCAUCGCGCCGGCUGGGGUGCCACCGGAGACUACCUCUCAUUCACCAUACCCCUGGGGAUCCCCUGAUACGGAGACGUUUUUUCGGACCCCCUGGAAUAUAGCUGGGACUGACCCGGGACCCCCAUUCCCUGUACCUUGUUCCCGUGUGCUGCGGGACCCCCUAUCACCUUAUUGCAAGUGCAUUAAAAACACUGAGUGGUUUGCAAGCCUGGGGUCUCGACGGGUGGGCUUGUUAAACAUCCCAGAAAUAAAGAUCGUUUUUUUUUCCUCCUGAA